AGCCCAAUUCUUAAUAUUCCCGGGGAAAACAAUUCCCCGGGAGACUUGUUCUCCCGAGAGUAAAAUUCUCCUAUUUCGAAUUCCCCGGGAAGACAUUUUUCCCUUCGAAAUCGGGAAUGGAGAAUUUUGAUUUUCGAAUCAGCUGUUUCGUAUUGUUUGACAGGAAAAAUAACUCGCGAACAAAAUUUUCAUCAUUCAAAUUAAAAAAAAUUUAAAAUGUUUUCAAUCGCGGCAAGGAUUUUACGUGAAGAAUAUGAAGAAAGUGAACAUGUAAAACCAAGGACUAUUAGAAGAUCUUUAAGAGAUAGUGCGAAUCCCUUCGAGUUGCCUCAAUGGCUGUUUCAAAAGCAUUAUAGAGUAAACAAGGUUUCCUUUAAAUACUUGUUGGAUGUCCUCAUAAUGUACAGUAAACCAACAAGAAAGCGUUUUGGAAUCCCACCAAUCAUUAAAUUGAGCGCAUGUUUACGUUUUUUUGCUGAGGGAGGGUAUCAAACCGGGGUCGGAAACGAAGGAAGGGUUGGUAUGGCUCAACCUAGUUUCAGCAAGGUGCUAGCUGAAGUACUUGAAGUUUUAGAGGAGCAAUUAUGUCCACAGUGGAUAAAACUACCUAAAACAGUUGCAGAAAAAAGAAAUAUAGCGUUGGCGUUCUAUACGAAACAUAAUUUUCCUGGAAUUGUUGGUUGUGUUGACGGAACGCACGUUCAGAUCAUUGCCCCUUCUGAAAACAGGCACUUAUUUUAUAAUAGAAAAGGAAAAUAUAGCCUUAAUGUCAUGCUCCUUUGUGACAAUGAAUUAAGAAUUUCGUACGUCGAUGCUUCCCAUCCAGGUGCAUGUCAUGAUUCCUUCAUUUGGAAUGUGAGCCCACUAAAGGUGCACUUUGAGCAGGAAUAUUUAAAUGGAGCAAGAAAUUUUUGGAUUCUUGGUGACGCGGGAUACCCCUUGGAACCAUGGCUUUUGACCCCUCAUAGAACACCUGUCCCAGGGUCAAGAGAAAGUAAGUUUAAUGAGGUCCACACAAGCUCUCGUAAUAUAAUUGAACGUACGAAUGGAGUCCUAAAAAACAGGUGGAGAUGCCUUCUUGGCGCGAGAGAGCUGCACUACUGUCCGGCGAAGGCAGCGAAAAUUAUAAAUGUGUGCUGCGCAUUGCAU